CACUUCUCCCUUUCCAAUCAACCCCCAACCCUCCACAAAAAGUCUCCGGACGCUCGCUGUCAACCUAUAUGGCGACCCAUCACCGCCGUUGAGACCCCCCAUCACUAUCACACUCACCCCCAUUGAGCAACACACACUCAACCACCACCUACCACCCGAUCACGAACCCCCUACUACCCCCCAGGGGGAUUCAAUCGAUCGCGAACACACCAUGGACGUCUACGACAACAUGCCGACCUCGCCCUCCCGCCGCGCCGCCGGCGUCUCCCUCACCCUCAACACAAACACAACCAGCAACACGAGCGCCUACCGCAAGCCUCGCGACCCCAACCUCUCCCCCCCUCGCACGCCCCCUGGCACCCGCUCCCGCCGGGCGCUUAGGGAGAGGGACAACAACACCACCGCGCCCGCAGCGAUUCCACGGGAGACCUUCCUCGACGACAGCACGCCCGUCGAUUUCGGAAGGCCGUCACCACAAGCUCGUCGCGCUGACGGGGAGAGGCACUCGCACGAUCUCAGUCUUGCCCCUGAACAGGUCACACGGGAUUCGCUGGUGAAUAAUAUGUUGCUUAGCUUGGACCAGUUCUCGCUGGGUGGCGAGGGAGGAGGAGGAGGUGGGUUUGGGAUCCCGGGAGCGGAGGGGCUGUAUAAUUCGUUUGGCGCGGAGGAGGAUGGGUAUGCGGGAUAUGAGAUUCGAAGGGGGAAUGGGGGGAGGCAAUUGGGACAUGGACACUCGUUUAGUGAGGAUUUCGACCAUGAUGCGGCGAGUAGGGCGUCGAGUCAGUAUGCGAGGACAAGGAGGAGCAAUAGUAGUUCGAAUUAUACGACUACGACGACGGGGAGACAUCACGCGAGUAAUAGCGGCUCGAUGGGCACGCCGAGGCAGGCGCUGCAAAGUCGGGGGGCGCAUCCGAGAGAGAGGAAGGAGAGCAAAGAUAGUAGUGUCUCGAGCUCGGAUAUGGGACACUCGUCCCAGGCGGGGAGUAGUCAGCGGUGGGCGUCGGGGUACGGUCGUGGUCGCGCGUCGAGUUUCGAUGACUAUGGACAGGAGGCUCAGAUGCCGCCGAUACAGAGGCAGAGGACGCACUCGUCGCCGGUGGAUGAGCUCGAACCAUACGAUAUCUACGAUGCGGCGCCGACGCCGACGGUGCCUGUUGGGCCGAGACGACAGAGGCCCAUUACGCCGAAUGGAGUGUAUACCGCCGACAUUAGCACGCCGUCUCCACGAAAUCUACAACGCGAGCAGAGCAGUCGUGUGCCGAAAACUCUAUACCAGAAGCGUGCGGAGACGUCGCAUGGACAGGGAAAUCCGAUGAACAAUGGCUUGGAUGAGAAUCGCAGGCUCGCGGCUAUGCCGGCGUUCAAGAAGGAGGAGCCUGCGCCCGCGCCGCUGGUUGCAUAUGGCAAGGUCAAGAAUGUUCCGGCGCCUACGAGUGCUUCGAAGCCUGGGUUCUUUAGGAGGGUGUUUGGAUCGAAGGCGAAUACACCCGGUGCGACUAGCACUGGCUCUGUGUCGUCUCCUGGGUCGACGAUAUCGGGAGACCCUAUGGAGAGGCCGCCCAGCAACAAAUACCAGAAUCAGGCUACGGAGAGGGUGAGGACGGCUCAUGGAUACCCGCCUCAGCAGCCGCCGCCGCCGCGAGUGCCAAAGGAGGCGCCGAAGGCUAUAAGCAAGAAACCCUCGUCGUUCUUCAAGCGUAGGAAGAAGUCGGUAUCCGAGCCGGAGGUGCCUGCGAUGCCGCUGCAGCUUGUGCUGGUUAGAGAUCAGGAGGUGGUACAGGAUCUUGCUAGCCCGACGAGUUCGCUGAGGCAGGUCAUGAACCAGUACCUCAAUAGCCCGAUUACGCAGCCGCCAAGGUGGGAUGACUAUGAUGACGGGAGACGCUAUGACAAUGGCGAGGAUGACGAUAGUAUUGAGGAGUCUACUGGGUUCUCGCCGGGAUACACACCGGAUAAGAGUGCUACGAUCCGAUCUGUCAACCCUGGUCGUCGCAAUGGUGAGCCCAUACGCGCGCCGCUGAUGCGGAACAACACCUCGCAGAGCCAGCUGGGCACCGACAGCGAGAAGGAGCUCGACAGGACCUUCCUCCAGGACAACAGCGACAAUGACAAGGAGGGGAACCGGAUUGUGUCGCAGACGCUUACGGUGAAGGCGGACCCGGCUAGUAGGGAUAUGGCGCACUCCCCCAACUCAGUGGCGCGCGACAAGGCGCUCGUGGCGGAGUAUGAGCAGAAGUACUCGAAGCGGCAGCCGGCGAGGAAGGCGGAGAAUCCGAUGUUAUCCCUCUAUCCGGCGUCCGGGGGUUCGCCGAAGUCGAAGAAGGAUGAGGCGUCUGAUAAUGACGGGACGGUUAGGGGGAAGGACCGUGUGCCGGACGCGGAGAAGACGUCUAGUAUCUCGCUGCCGUUGGAGGGGAUGAAGGGGGUGGAGAGUAGCGAGUCUAGCCCGGCUGUGUUUCACUCUGCGACUAGUCUUGCUGGUGGUGAGAGCAUGACUCUCCCGUCUACGAAGGAUGCGUAUAACUCCUCCGAGCCCUCGAGCGCGGUGGAGCAGGUUCAGCCCACGACGGGGGACUGGGAGAGGGCGAAGAAGAUCUACGAUGGCAAUGAGGAUUUUAUCCAGAAAUCGAAGGCGGCUGCGUGGCUUGGGGAGGAUGGGGCGAUCAGACGACGCACGCUGCUUGCUUAUAUGGAGUUGUACGAUUUCAAGGAUAUGGAUAUCCUUGGGGCUCUGCGCGCGCUGUGUAAUAGGCUUCUUCUGAAGGCGGAGUCGCAGCAGGUUGAUCGGAUUCUGGAUACCUUCGCCACACGCUGGUGUCAGUGCAAUCCGCACCAUGGGUUUAAGAUUACGGAUGUGGUGCACACGAUCUGCUACUCCAUCUUACUACUCAACACGGACCUCCAUCUCGCCGACAUCGAGUCCAAGAUGACCAAAUCCCAAUUCGUCAAAAACACCAUCCCCACCAUCCUCCGCGUCGUCGCCGACGCCGCACCCGAAGCCUUCGAGCCCUCGCGGCCUACAAUCCUGUCGCCUAAAUUCGAAGUCCCCGAGCCCGAGGACGAACUGCGUCAUGAUCUCAAUGUCGACAUGCGCGCGCUCAGGGACCAGGUUAAUGCGUUUGAACCGGAGAAACAGCUUGCGCUGCGACCACCGGGGAAGUCGUUACGCCCUGGGUCUAUGGGACCGAGUGUUACGAGUCUGAAUGGGCAGAGUCCUGCGCUGGAUGACUGUGGACCGCUCGUUCGCGCGCCGUUCCAGGGGACGCUGAAGGCGUGGGAGGGACAGGUGGAGAUUGUGCUUAAGGACUUCUAUAAUGGGGUUCGUAGCGAGAGGUUGCCGCUGUUCGGGGCGCCGGCGGAGCAGCCGAGGUUGCAGCAGGCGUCGCAGAGUAGUCUGUCUGUGUUCGGGACGAAUAAGUUGAGGAGGACGCCUAGUAUUAUUAGCAAGGCGGGCUCGGAAUCGAUGAGUUUCUCGCGUGGAAGGACGGCGGAUGCGGUGAGGUUGAAUACGGGGAAGUGGACGAACAAGAAUCGAUCGCGGCCGAGGGUGUAUCCGCACUCGACAAUGGGAUCGAGUCGGACGAGUUUGGAUGAUCAGUCUUCUAUCUGGAGUCCCUCGCAGAGCUCGAGUACGUGGAGUAAAUACUCCCUCGGGAAGACGCAGACGAGUAUGUUGUCCGUCAACUCCUUGGACUCGAAUUACCCCCAGGGGGAUUACCAGCAGUCCAUCGGCUUUGCGAAUGCGCUUAGUCAGGCGAUUAUUAGGGAAGAGAAUGUCGGCAGCGCGGAUGGGAAGGCGGACGAUCUUAGAGUCACCCCGCCGCUGCUGGAGGACGAGUCUUUGGAGCUUCAUGGCGCGCCCUGGGCUAAGGAGGGGAUCGUGAAGCAUAAACACCAUCUCGAGGCUGCUGACAAGAAAGCGAAAGACCGCAAUUGGGCCGAGGUGUUUGUGGUUAUUGAGAAGGGGUAUAUGUCACUCUUCUCCUUCUCCUCCAAGUCUGUGCGCCAGAAAUCCGCCUCCCGCGCCAAGGGCGCUGGUGUUGUUGUUGUUGGUGGGGGGAACUGGCAGGAUAAUGCGGAGAAUCUGGGAAGCUUCUUGCUGAGGCAGACGAUUGCUAGUACGCUCCCCAGCCCGGGGUAUUCGAAGGCUAGACCGCAUGUGUUUGCGCUUAGUCUGCCGACGGGGGCGGUUCAUCUGUUCCAAGUUGGGACGCCGGAGAUUGUGAAGGAGUUUGUUAGUACGGCCAAUUACUGGAGCGCGAGGUUGUCGAAUCAUCCGCUGGUGGGGGGGAUUAGUAAUGUUGAGUAUGGAUGGAGUGAUGCUGUUAUUAAUAACUCUUUGGUCUCUGCCAUCCAAGACGCACAUCCAACCUCCCCCCCCACGACGGGGACAGGUACGACCACCACGGCAGCUGGUGGUGUGAGGGGCGGCGGGCGAUCAGCGAGUAUCAGCGGCCCCCGACCGAGUCUGCAGAGUAGCUUGCGCAGUAGCUUGGAUCAGGGUGCUGGGGGGUUUAAGGCACGCUUGCCGGGGGAUAAGAUUACGAUAUCUGAGUGGGCGCCGCCGACGCAGAGUAUGAGGGCGAGUUCUCUGGAGGAGGGGGAGCAGUUGGGGGGGUUGGAGGGGUAUGUUAGGGGGGUUGAGGAGGAGUUGGUUGGGCAUAAUCGGUUGAGGGGGGCUAUGAUGUUGGCUUUCACACCACGCUCACCCAAUGCCCACCGCGCUAUGGCGAACUGGGAGCGUAAGUCGAGUUACUUGCUCAGGGAGAUAGUCAAGUUUAGGACGUACAUUGAUUGUCUCCUCGCGGCGAGGGUGAUGAAGGAGAAGAUUUAUCGGGAGAGGGAGGAGAGAGCGGCGGAAGCUGUUUGAGCUUGCCGAACGAACAGCAGUGGGAGCUUGGGAGGUGUGGACGAGGGAAAGGGGGUGAAUGGGGGGGUUACGAAGUGAUGGGAUCAUGCUAUGUCAUGUUUAUAAGAUUUUCGGACGACGACGGCCGCCUCUUUUGUUUUUUCUUUGGGCUUUUUUGCCUGUUUUCAUAUUCUUCUUUCCUUCUUUUCUACUUACUGGCGCCGUCGAUAUUGGGAUUUUUCUUUUCUUUUCUUUUCUGGUGAUGAGUUGAGGACGGGUGGUUGUACCAAGAGCAAUGAGGUUCUUUCUUUUCUUCAUGAUGGGUGGGUGAGGAGACGGAAAGUCGGGAGGGGGGAGGAUUCUUGUAUAUACAAUUCUGGCGUGGUUAAGCCGAGUGUUUUUUUUACACGAUUUUUGAGGAGGGGAAGAUGGGGA